CAGCAAAUGUCGGCAUUUUCGACGAAACUGACAUGAAGAACACAACAAAGUUUCUCGUCAAUCAGCGUGAUUGGACUCACGGCAAUGCGGACCGAUAUCGGAAAAUGCAGUUUUUGCUGAGCGAAGUGGUACGAAUCGGUGGACCAGCAAACCACAACUUGAAAGAAUUCGUUACCGAAGACUGGUUUGCAUCGCUGCGCAUGUGGAUCAAAAUUCAGCGAAACAUCAGCUAUUUCCACACAACGUACGGCAUUCUGAACAGCGAAUGGGCCAAAUAUAAGAGUGAUCAUGUCACAAACAAGAUGCCACUUGUGCCACGACCGCCAAAAGUUAAGAAUUUCAUCGCAAUUCCUGUUCAUGACUUCGAUCUCAAGCACAUUCGCAUCGACGUCACGCUUUUCUAUGAAAUUGCUUGUGGUUUGGGUGCUUUGAAGCAUGCGAUAGGAAAACGUGGGGGAAAAGUGAACAUCAGCCGCGAAGUUUACAACAAAAAUCCGGCACAGUGGUGGAAACACGUGUUCAACAUGAAGAAAAUCAACAAAAUCGGCGGCAGAAAAAUGAAAUUCGAUUGCUCGAUCAUGACUGAUAGCGUUUCCGUUUCGCUCAUGUACAUCAAAUCGAACCGUAUGCUGGAUGCGAAGGAUUUGAAGACAAUUGAGGAUAUGUACCGUGAAGGACGAUUCGUUUAUGAGCUUGGAAUCGACCCUGGCGUUCGAACAUGGAACGCAACCGUUCGUCGCACCGUUGCAACUGGUGAUGAGGAAAACAUCACGAUUGCUGGUCCAACGUAUCAUUGGAGGGCGAAAGGAUCAAAGCGUAGGCAGAAAGAAGAACGAUGGCAGAGGACAUUCAAGGAGCAACAGCAACGCGACCUUCGGUCAUAUCCAGUGGUCCCAUCGCCAAAGUCAAAGGAUGCGUGGAAGAGCUACAUUUGUCAUCGGUUGACUAUGAUGGCACUGGUAAUUGCUGUGUUUGGAACGCGCAAGUACGCUCGCCCCAGUUUCGACAAAUACGUGGAGUCAACUCGAGCCAGCGACAAAAUUGCCGCAUCGUUAACGAACAAAAAGCCAUCAAUGAUUUACUUGGGCGCAGCACAAAUGGCACCAAACUCACCGAUUGGAAUCAAAAGACGAUUGCGAUGCCCCGGCACAAGAAAAUUGUUGGCCAGCUUCAAGAAAUUGAACAAUUGCACCGUUCGUUUCGUCGAUGAGUACUUCACAUCGCAGACAUGCGCAAAAUGCUUUGGACGUUUCGAUCCACGAACCAAACGAAAUCGGUUCAAAGUUUGCCGACAGUGCUGGCUGAAUGGGUAUGAUGGUCAAAUAUUGCCAAACAAAAUCGUGACCACAUUAAGUAACCGAGAACUGAAGAAAGAACGCAGAGAGAAGAAACAAGAACGAAUGCAACAGAAUGUCAACAACAAUCAGCCACGUAACGCAGCCAAUCCGACUCGACCAGCUAAAACAGUUUGGUGUCAAAACUUUGCAAAUACUAUAAAUGUCAUUCAAAUGAAGCUGGUGACUUGGAGUGGUAUGCGUCACACAUAAACCAGGAGGUAACCAAUUGGCAUCGUGACGUAGUGGCUGCAAAGUGCAUUCUAUACAAAGGUCGUUGUGAGGUGUUCGGAUACCGCAUCACUUAAGAAUACAUUUUAAAAAUAAUACUUGUACUAACGAUUUGUUAGCCAACUGGCCUUGAUUAAUUUGCGGGCCUGAGUGAGCAGCCUUCUGUUGUUCACGGGAG